AUGAAAGCCUUCACCUACGUCACUUUCGCCACCACCUUGGUUCUUGGCGUCCAGGCACUUGUAACCCCAAAUAUCAACAAGAAGAGAGAGGGAGAGGUCUGUCUCCUCGAUGGCAACAACAAAUGUACUUUGGAUGGCAAGAACGACUGCUGCAGUGGUAAAUGCUACAUGGAAAAGGGCUGGGAGACGGGCGUCUGUCAGAAAACGACAGAGUAA